AUGCCAGAUUCAAACUCGCAAAAUCAGAGGGGAGAAAGUAGUCACAGUAGUAGUGGUGGACAUCGAUCUCAUAAAGAACGUAUAGGUAAUUAUGUCGUCGGCAAUGAGAUUGGAAGAGGUAGUUUCGCAACGGUAUUCAAAGGUUAUCGAUCGAAGAGUAAAAUACCCAUUGCGAUCAAAGCUGUCUCUAGGCAGAAACUGACGACAAAGCUUCUCGAGAACUUGGAAAGCGAGAUAAAUAUAUUGAAAGUUAUACAUCAUCGGAAUAUAGUAGCGCUGGAAGAUUGCUUUAAAAAUGACACGCAUAUCUACCUAGUCAUGGAAAUCUGUUCGGGAUCUGAUCUCUCAAUCUACAUCAAGAAUCGCGGAAAGCUAGAAACACUGGACUUCAUUCCUAGACCCGGCUCGAGUCUGGCUCACUUGGAUAGGAAAGAAGACGGGAAGAUAUUCUGGCCUCAUCCAUCGACUGGUGGGCUCGAUGAGAAAGUAACAAGAUCAUUCUUAGGUCAACUUGCCCAAGCGAUCAAGUUCCUCCGAGCCGAAGAUCUGAUGCACCGGGAUAUCAAACCGCAGAAUCUCCUUCUUCAACCUGCUACGGAGACUGAAGUCGCAGAAGGACAUCCUUACGGUAUCCCAGUACUGAAGGUAGCGGACUUCGGAUUUGCAAGGAUUCUUCCAGCGGCUGCCAUGGCAGAAACCCUAUGUGGUUCUCCCUUGUACAUGGCUCCUGAAAUAUUGAGAUACGAAAAAUACGAUGCCACUGCGGAUCUGUGGUCUGUAGGCGCAGUACUUUUCGAAAUGUCUGUUGGUCGCCCCCCCUUCCGUGCAAAUAACCAUGUCGAAUUGCUCAAGCGUAUAGAAAGAGGAGAAGACCGUAUUAAGUUUCCUGAUGAGACUCCACCUUCGGAGAGGAGAGAAUCAAUGCCUCCUCCUAUUCCUGUAUCGCCUGAUAUCAAAGCUCUCAUACGAGCUCUACUAAAACGGAAGCCAGCCGAUCGAAUAGGAUUCGAGGAGUUCUUCUCAUCGUCUGUCUGGGAUUUACAUUUCUCCGAAAGUACAGAGGAGGAACCAACUACCAGUCUUGAAGCGUCGACCGAUAGCUCAGCUCACAUGGGUUCAAGCGAUCGUCGCAUAAAAGAUAUGGUAGCUAGUGUGGAGAACUCGAUAGACAGACUCGCGCCUGGUCGUCGAGCUCCUCAGCCCCUCACUGCUGAUGCUGCUCUUAAUCCCCAACCUGCACCAAAGCCUUCUCGCACAUCUCAACUCAACGCCGUCGCUCCGCUCCAACCGAUCCGACAAUCUCCAGUACGUCGUUCAGAACCGAAAUACUAUGUGAGCGACGAUCGCCCCGCUGUUGAUGAGGUACCAGCCGUCUCAGCACCUGCAUCAUCUUCGCGUGCCAAUCCUAGGCCUAUUGUCACUGCUGCUCAGAGGCGUGUCUCCACUCGGGAAAGGGAUCAAGGCAGUCUGGAAGAAGCUGUUCCACUCACACCACCAUAUAACGGCCAUUCGACCACUAUCCCUCGAACGACUGCAAGAGGUCUUGGUGAAGGUUCCCCCUUGGCAGCAACGCCACCGAUAACGAUGCGACAUGACGCGAAAGAGGAAAGUGCUUUAGACAGUAGCGAAUCAGUAGUCGGCACAGAUUACGUCGUAGUAGAGAAACAGAAUGUCGAAAUUAACGCAUUAGCUGAUGAACUUGAUCAAGCUUCCAAAAAACCUACAACCCUGAUACGGCGACGAAGUUCUCGAGCUAGUGUGGUCACCCGUCCGGUUUCGGCAUUCAAACCAAUCAGUCCUAGUCCAAAGCCCCAAGAUAACGCGAUGGUACCGAUAUCAUAUUCACCCCCUUUCGCUUUAGGCACAACUCCUCCAUUUUCAAUCCCACCCGGAGCUCGACAGAGCUCCAGCCCAAAUCUCACUCGACCACCUUCAGUACCCCAAGCUAUGAAUGUAUUUCCACCUUCAAAUCAACCAUCAUACGGACAAGAUGCUGCAGUGCGAUUUGGAGUGUCACCAUCAUCUCUCCAAAGUGGUGCUUUGGCUAGAGCUAUAACCAAUACCGCUUUGAGAAUGAUCGGUAACUCUGCAAAUACGGCGGCCACAGCGAUAGCUAGAGCUACCAUCAAACGAAGACCGACCAUCCUCAGAACCAGUGAUAUCGAUCCUGCAGAAGAUGAGUUACUCCGCUCCGUGGAGGACGUCGCCAGAAAAGCAUUUGUCCUUUUCGAGCUUGCAGAUGAGCGACUAUUAGCACAAGCUCAGAUAGCCUCAACAGCCAGAAACGCUCCUACGCCGACUCCUCCAAGCCUGAGCGGAACCACUCCCCCUUUCAGCUCUCAAGCUUCAAACCGAAGGAAAUCCUCCUCGGGUUCGAUGAAUUCCGAGGUUUGGAUUUUGAGACAACAGGAAGCUGCCGCAAAUGACGCAGUUGUUCUAUAUGUGAAAGCUUUGUCUUUCGUCGUCCAAGCAAUGGAUAAAGUCAAAAGAUACUGGAAGGAUAGGGAUGAACACGAAGCUAGUCCUGAGUUGAAUGAGAUGGGUCAGUGGCUCCGAUCAAGAUUCAACGAGAUCUUUGAAAAGAUUGAAUGGGCUAAAGCUAGGUCAGGAGACACCAUGCUCUUCCCAGAUUGGCUUGUUCACGACAAAGCUAGAGAUACAUCUCGCCAAGCUGCAGUUGCUGAACUUCAAGGUGACCUCCUCACCGCUGAACAAGGAUAUGAGACAUCUCUUUGGCUUUUACAGGUCCUCCUUGACGAAGGUGUAUAUGAGAAUGGAAGGAUAAGAGAUGACGAUAAGGUCACCUAUGAGAAACUACUGGUUCCCAUUAGAACGAGGCUCGAUGCUUUAAGAAAGAAGCUGGCUGAUUCCAGUGCUGCCGAUAUGCGAUGA